AUGGAGCCUCGACAUGGGAUCAUGAAAGCCUUCCCCAAAGUUAAACGGGCUAAAGUGUUGCAGGGGAAGGACGUGCCUCUCCUCAAGAAGAAAGCAGAGAAACAUGAUGUCACAGGAGACUUCUUCAAUGGUGUCACAGUGUACCUUCUACCUGCUGGAAUCGGAAACGCCAGAUGCCAGAUCUUCCACAGGCAAAUCCAGCAGAAUGGAGGGCAAAUCCAGAGUUCGUUGUCCCCCUCUGUCACUCAUGUUGUUGUUGAUGACACCAUGGACAGUGACAGGGCUCUGCGCCUGAUGAAGGUGGAUCGUCUGCCAUCUGAUGUUCAUCUGGUGAAAUGCACGUGGUUAAGCUUGUGUAUUAGUGAGAAGAAAGUCCUGGAUGAGGAAAACUACAGCCUUCUGUUACCCAAAAGAAAUUCGGAAUCGAAGCAUGAAAGUACAGAAGACAAACAAUCGGAAAAUACUGAACAUCCUGCUGAAACAACCACAGAGCCAGAAAUUCAUCUUACCAAGCAAGAGGAGACUGUAGACAUAACAAUCCCAAAGGCCAAAGAAGAAGCUAACAGAGAAGAAGAUGGCGUCUCUCAGAGCGACCUGGAAGCCCUCAUCACCGGACGGCACCCUAAAGAGGAGACUCCCGACUCCAGCACAAACUCCGGUCCAGAUGCAGCCGCCUCUGCUGCUGAAGCUCAGAAACCCGUUUCAGGAAAGUGGGUCUGUGCUCAGUCUUCUCAGUGCAAAAGUAACAACUUCAACAAAUGCAUCACAGACAAGCUGGAAGUGUUGGCCAAGGCCUACACACACCAAGGAGACAAGUGGAGAGCACUGGGCUACUCCAAGGCUAUCAACGCACUGAAGAGCUUCCACAAGCCCAUCACAUCAUAUCAGGAAGCUUGUCAGAUCCCAGGAAUAGGAAAACGCAUGGCAGAUAAAAUAGAAGAAAUUAUGGAGAGUGGCCACCUGAGGAAGCUCGAUCACAUUGGAGAGGCCGUGCCUGUCUUGGAGCUUUUCACCAACAUUUGGGGAGCAGGAGCGAAAACGGCCCAACUUUGGUACCAACAGGGCUUUCGCACCCUGGACGACAUCCGAACCAAAGCCCACCUAACCAGCACUCAGAAAAUAGGACUGAAGCACUACGAUGACCUUCUAGACCGAAUGCCUAGAGAAGAGGCGGCAGCCAUAGAGAAAGUGGUGAGCGAUGCUGCACAUGCCGUCGAUGCCGCCCUCGUGGCAAUGGCGUGCGGCUCUUACCGUCGCGGGAAAGCAACGUGCGGAGAUGUGGAUGUUCUUAUCUCUCACCCUGACGGCAAGUCCCACAAGGGAGUUUUCAGUAAAGUCUUACAGAUUCUCCAUGACAGUGGGUUUCUAACAGAUGACCUGGUGAGCCACGAAGACAACGGAGAACAGAAGAAAUACAUGGGCGUUUGCCGUUUGCCAGGGCCCGGUCGGCGCCACCGCAGGCUGGACGUCAUCGUCGUGCCUUACGAGGAGUUUGCCUGCUCGCUUAUGUAUUUCACCGGCUCGGCCCACUUCAACCGCUCCAUGAGAGCACUGGCAAAGACGAAAAAUAUGAGCUUAUCGGAGCACUCUCUAAACAAAGACGUGGUGCGUCAAGGCAGCUUGAAGACGCACGGUGGCAACCCACUUCCCACGGCGAUGGAGAAAGAUGUUUUUAGACUUCUAGGGAUACCGUACAGACCACCGCAAGAAAGGGACUGGUGAUGAUCUCCAAACAAAAAUUUGCUUUUAGAAAAAGAGAGCUUGAUAUGUAUUUAUGAAUGGUAAAUCAGGAAUUAUGCAAACACACUGCUCAUUGAUAUUUAAAGAUAAAAAAAAUCAUGGAAGUAUUUCACUAGCCAAUUUAUUUUGCAAAAUAAAAAGUCUGGAUUCAUAAUAAAGAUUAUUAU